CAUAAUAGGAUAGACAGGCAAUUUCAUUGGAUGUAGGCUACUGUCCAUUUAGGAGUUGUUGUCAACCUCAGUUAUGGAAAGUAAAUUACCUAUCCAUGUACCAGGAACGGAUUUGAUUGGGUGUGUUAUUAAUUAAUGACUCCUGGGCAGGAUAUUAAGCAUUUGGCCUUUUUGAUUGACCUCUACUGACCGUCUGGAUGGCUCAUUGAGCUAUUAAAGAAGCGAUUGCUGAGACAGGGGGCGCGUCAGGUAGGUCGCAGUUGAAAAGCCUAAUGUGCGUGUUUUACUAAAUUGUAGCCUAUUUAUGCAACAUUUGUGCAAAUAUCUUAAGUAACCAAUUUAUGUCGUUCAAUAAUAUUACAACACAUGUUUUCUCGUCUCCAAAUGUGUCUCGUCAAAAAAUGUUCUACAGAACAUACAUAGGCUUACAGAAUCAACGUGUAUAAAAUAUGUGGGAAAUAUCUUGCGAAAUAUCUUGGGUAAUGAUUAACUCACCAAUAUUAACGGAUGCAUUGAUAUAGUAGCAGGCUCGCUUUGAGCAAUUGUUAUGUUUGAAAAGAUUUUGAUGGCUUAAGUUUCGUAAACAAAACUUUUCUAGAAAGUGCUCUGCACGAUAAUAUAAUACCAUGGCACCCUCUGCCGGUUUCUUUUAGUUAUUGUAUGUCUAUUGAAUUACUUUAUUAAAUGUCGAUGUCUAUGACACAUGUUGCAAAUGUCAAUAUUAGAGAAACUCUAUUUGCAUUGCUUUACAAAUACUUUGAAUACCGGUAACAACUUUUGUGUUCAGGUAUUUCUUUAUGAUUGUGUCAAAAUAAACAAUUAAUCAAUAUAUUAAGCCUAUCCCUGUCUACCUGAAUGUUGCCUCUGCUGUUUUGGUUGGCUUAGUAGUACUAAUAUAGAUGCUAACCACUGCUUUAUGUAGCCUAAUAGAGACAGUUUAUCAUGGAGGACUCCACAGAAUUCAUCCUCCAGGAUCAAGGCUCCAGGAUGAUCUAUGGCAGUAAGGACAACCCCAUCCUGACAGCUGCUACUGGGGCUUUGCUCGCUGGCCUCUACGGGAUGUGGACUAUGUUUGCCCUUCCUGGCUUCCGCAAAGUGCCAAGAAGACUCAAGGUACAUCUCAUUCACAUGAAUGUGUUCAGGCCCUAUAACUGAACAGUGAAAUCAAUAAACAGUAAUAAGCUUAAGAAUGCUUUGCUGCUUGUCUUGGAAUGUUCCAUGUGUGCUCCAUGGUGCCUUCAAAUGGAGAAAGGGGUUUAUGUGGUAAGUCAAAUAUUUUUAGAACAACAAUUUGGUAAGUCUUUGGUAAAUAUUUUUAGGAUGUUUUUUCCAAUUACGCCAUGAUGCAGUGUUUUUGAUUAAUGGAUCCUGUGCUACUCUCUUCACCAUCAGUUCAUCAUCAUCAGACAAGAGCACUUUAUCGUCAGGCACAGUUGAUCACGAAUUGGGGUAAUACAAACCAAGGGAUUUGGGGGGUUCAGGGACAUAAAGAAUGGAAGAUAAAUUGGAUUGCCACAUGUUUUCAACCCUGGUCUUGUCUUGGCUUGGUCUUGGCUGGGUCAUUGAUGUCUCCAUCUUGUAUGUGCAAGGCCCUUUGCAAGGCUUUUUCCACCUCUGCAGCUGAAUUGUUGACAAUAGGAUGUCUCCAUUCAAUCCCCUUGCCUUUGUUUUUCUACAGUAGUGCUGUAUUAGGCUACAACUGUAAAACCUCAAGGGAUAAGUAUGUCCUACCUAGAACCAAUUAAAGUGAUAUACAACUCAGUGGAGUCUCCCACAGUCCCAGUCUGUUUGUGCUACAUGCCAACUCCUUGUCAAUCAUUGUCAUGUUUGGCUUGACAAUGACCAAUGGAGUUGGAAAAAUACAAACAGUUCUGGGACCAGGCUACCCGUCUCCCAUAUUAUAGCCAAUAUUAUUGACUGGCAAUAUUAUUUUCAUGCAGGUGCCUUACCUGCCCUCGAGUAAAGCUCAGAUCGUAAACGCCAUGCAGCUGCUGGAGGGACGCAGAGGCCAACUAGCUGAUCUGGGAUCAGGAGACGGGAGACUGGUGAGUUGGCUCUGGUGAAAUAAAACUCUCUGCUAUGAACAAUAGAGGCUGUGUUCCAAAUAGCACCCUAUCCCCUAUAUUGUGUACUUCGUAGUGGACUAUAUAGGGAAUAAGAUGCCAUUUGGGACACAUACUGAGUCUGCCACUUACAUUUCUCUCUGUUCUAGCAAGGGAUCUUGUGUGGUGAGGACAACAAGCAACAGACAAAUUAUAGUGGAGUCACUCACUCUUUUGCUGCAGUGCAGUUAUAGGUAGUUGUAUGACUCAACUUCACUCUACCUUCUUGUCUUAGGUGUUUGCUGCCUACUCUGUUGGCCUCCAGUGCACUGGAUUUGAGAUCAACUCCAUGUUGCUGGCAUAUGCUAGAGUGAAGGCACGCUGGAGAGGAGUACCACCCAGCCAGGCAAACUUUGUCAACAAGGACUUCUGGAAGGUACAGUAUAGUUCUUUAACAUCAAUGUGUUUAUUAGACACAUACUCUUUACUAAAUUAGUUUUCUCUCCUUCAUUUGACAGACUGAUUUGUCAAACUACAACAACGUGACUGUAUUCCUAGCCCCAGGAUUGGUUAGUGUUCUAUUCACACAAGGCCGCCGCACAGCAAGAACAAUUCCUGCUCUUAUAAUACGAUAAGUCCUACAAUUAGAUUUGUAUAUAUUAUAUUCAAACAGUCUUAACUCAGAUAGAAAUGAUUAGGUGUGCUGGAUCAUUUGACAAGAGAGUGUUGAUCUGAUUGGUUGAUGACUAAAACCAGCCUCUCUGAUUGGUCCUCAGAUGGAGGUGUUGGGUGAGAAGCUGCUGAGGGAGCUUCCUGAUGACGCGCAUAUCAUCGCCUGCCGCUUCCCCUUCCCCCAGUGGCCCCACCGAGCCUCGCAGGGCGACGGCCUCGACCAGGCCUGGGCCUAUGACAUCAGCACUGUGCGCUCAGCCCUGGGCCAGGCAUGACCCUAUGACAUCAUACUGUGCAUCGAUGACUGGAUUAAUCCUAAUGUCAUUCACUGGUUCACACCAAACCCAAUAUAUGCUAAUUAACACCCCAAUCAAAUGACAAACCCUGUAUCGCCAACUGCGUCUUUCUUUGUAUACAUUUUGUUUGUUGAUUUAUUGAACAAUAUAUGAAGGGUGAGGUGUGUGCCAAGCUUCAUUGGUCAAACGUAAAGGAAGGGAAUUAUAAACAUGUCCUUACACUGUGAUUAAACCAGGUGCCAGAUACUGUAUGUCCUGUGAGAACAAAUAUGCAGAGCAUUUGAAAGAAUUAUGUAAAUUAGUCUUUCCCACUGUGGUGUGAAAGUAAGGUUGCAAACUGUGAGAAAAAUUAAUACAAUUCUAUUUUCUGGA